CGAGUUUCUCAUGGCCCAACCUGCCUGCUCUUGCUGCUGCUACUGACAAUGAUGAAAUUGCUUCUUUGCCAAGUCACCACCGACCAUCUCCUUCCCUUACUUGUCCAGUCAAGCCGCUUGCAGCUAAGCGUCCUCUCCCCAAGAUCAAGCUCCCACGGAUCUUUUCAACCUUUAAACUCUCACUGGAAACUGCAACUCUGAUUUGGUUUAGUCUGGAUUUAUAAACUACAAGCAAGCAGAGCAAUUUCGAAUCAGUAUGGUGAAAACAUUCUUCGGAAACCCAAGUGGAAGACGGAAUAAACUUCCGGUUCAGAGGGCACAACCUCUUUAUGCCGAGCCCACAAUUCCUAAUUCGACAGAGAUGGAAAGGCCUGUUGUUGUUGAAGAAAGAGUAACUAAUAUUGUUGAAGAAGAAGAGAUUCAUAACGAAGAGGUGAUUGCAGAGUUGGAUUCUUCAUCUGUUGAGGGAGAUGAUUGUGAGGUUAUAGUUGAAGAUAGGGCUGGAUAUAAGGAGAAUGAGUUAUUCGAAGUAGAGGUUGGAGAGACUGACUUGUCUUCUCACUUUGAAGCUGCUGCACAAGAAGAUAGAGAUGAUUUGUAUGAUGCUAACGAUGACAGUGGCGAUGAUAUUUGGGACGAUGAUCACAUUCCAGAUCCUUUAUUCAGUGAUGAUCGUGAUGUGGAAGAAGAAGGUAGGCAAUUCAACUACGGGCCUGAUGACAUUCUUGCGCUAGGAAAGACUUUUAACACUGCUGAGGAGUUCAAGUACGCUGUUCUCAAGUACUCUUUGAAGACACAAUAUGAUAUUAAGUUCUACAAGUCUUCAUCUGAUCGACUUGGUGCCCACUGUACACAACAUGUAGAAGAAAAGUGUCCUUGGAGGGUCUAUUGUUCCUUUGAGAGAGGCAGAAACAAGUUAAUGGUGAAAGUGUACAAUGACAGUCAUAUUUGUGUAAGAUCCGGUUACACAAAGCUUUUGAAGAGUGGAACAAUUGGGCAGCUUUUUGAGGAGAGGCUUAGAAUUAAUCCUAAAAUUAAGUCACAGGAGAUGGUGGAUGAGAUAAAGAGCGAGUAUAAUAUGAUUGUCUCACCCGAACAAUGUCAAAGAGCUAAAUCAGUGCUUUCAGCGAGAAGAAAGGCUGGACAUGAAGCUCAUUUUGCUCGGCUUUGGGAUUACCAAGAAGAGGUUCUUAAAUCAAAUGUGGGAUCAACAAUGGAGGUUGAGACAAUCCCAGGACCAGUGCCAGGAAGCAUGCAAAGAUUUUACCGUCUUUAUGUUUGCUUUGAAGCCUUGAAAACUUCUUGGAGGCAGUCAUGUAGGCCGAUCAUUGGAUUAGAUGCUGCUUUUAUGAAAUGGGGUAUAAAAGGGCAAAUGCUAGCUGCAGUUGGCAGAGAUGGGGAUAAUAGAAUAUUUCCUAUUGCAUGGGCUGUGGUUGAAGUGGAGGACAAUCCUAAUUGGCUAUGGUUUGUGCAACUCUUGAAAAAUGAUUUAGGGCUUGAAGAUGGAUCAAACUGUACAAUAAUUUCAGACAAACACAGGGGUAUACUAAAUGCGGUUCAUGAAGAGCUUCCUAAAGCUGAGCAUAGGAUGUGUGCUCGACACGUUCUUGAGAAUUGGAAAAAAGACAAACAAAGACAUAGAGCUUGAGCGUCUUUUCUGGAAAAUAGCAAGGAGCUACACACCAGCAGCUUUUAGGGAUAACUUAGAGGCACUGAAGAAGUAUAAUGUUGGAGCUUAUGAGUCUCUGCAAAGUACUGCUCCAACAACAUGGUCUCGGGCGUUCUUUAAGCUUGGAUCGUUUUGCAAUGACAAUCUAAACAACUUGUCAGAGUCCUUCAAUAGGAGUGUUAGAGAGUCAAGGAGGAAGCCGCUUCUUGAUAUGCUGACAGAGGUUAGGAGAAAGAAUAUGGUCAGGAAUGCAAAGCGGACUUUGUUAACUAAUAGGUGGAAUAAGAGGUUCACACCAAGAGCAGACAAGGAGAUUGAACUUAAUAGGCAGAAAGCUAAGGAUUGCAUCAGGUAUAUGACCACAGGACAUUCACAUGAAAUAGAGUAUCACAGUGUUGCUUACACCGUAAAUAUGGAGGAGAAAACAUGCGGUUGUGGCUAUUGGCAGUUGAAUGGACUACCUUGUAUGCAUGCUAUGUGUGUCAUCACAACAACAAAGCUGAAUCUCAAUAAUUAUGUAUCAGAUUACUACCUCACCUCUACAUGGCGCCAACUAUAUUCUACUGGUAUGAAGCCGGUUCAAGGUAUGAAACUGUGGCCACGCUUAGGUCGGUUACCCAUGCUACCUCCUCCUUCAAGAUUCAAUCGAGGAAGGCCUAAUACACAUGCUAGGAGGAAAGGUCCUCAUGAGUCAGCCACUAAUCCACAUAAGCUUACACGGCAUGGUCGUGUGGGAACAUGCUCAAACUGUCGCAAAGAAGGUCACAACAAGACUAGGUGUCCUAAUCCCACUGCAGCUCCUCCACCUAAGCGUCCAAGAGGUCGUCCAAGGAAAGCACAUAUUGUUUGUCUCGUUUAAAUUCUUUUCUUAUUGUGUUGUCAAUUUUUUCUCGUGUAAAACUUUGAUUGUUUGUUGUAGGGAGAGUCUUCAUCAUUUGGAGCUUCUCAAACUUCUCAACCUUCUCAAGCAUCACAAGGAGGAUUUGGCUUCUCUUCCUAGCUUGUGUUCUUCACAUUUCACUUGAGAUUAUUUUGUUAACUCAGUUUCAUGAAGAAAACGAUUUACUCUGUUUUUAGAUUUUUGGUUUACAGUAUUUAUGUUUGGGUUUGCAUUGUUUCUGGUUUCUACAUGACUUUCGAAACCACAUUAUUGUUUUUUCAGUGGAUUAAUUUUUCUUUGGAUCGUUUUCA